CACUGCUGUCCUACCCGACACGCUUGUGCUGAAAAUACCACCGCCUCCUCCGCCUCCUCCUCCUCCUCCUCUUCCGCCGCCGCCUUCGCCUCACCGUCACCGUCACCGUCACUGUCACAGUCACUGUCACAGUCACCCACACUAACACCCACACCCACAUCUACUCCCAGCCCCAGACCCACGCCUCACGCGCCGUCGGUAAAAACCACACUGCCACCGAAAGCAGGGAACUAGCUUUGUACCUGCAUGACGUAGUGUGUCCAAGCUAGUCUUGCGCUUAUAUCAUCCAUCACCUCGACCAACCUACCUUCUACCUCCUACCCGUCGCCUGUCUGCCUGCCAUCCGCCGCGUCCACUCCAGCUCGCCUCGACACACUUUCAUACUACUCUCGCACAUCAUGGCUCAGACUGCUCCGCUCCAGCAAUCGCCAGGCUCCUUGCCGCAUAGGCCUAAAGGCAUUCUGAAGAACUCGUCUUCAUACCACACUUCGCCCAACUCCCGUGUCAGCCCCGAGCGACGCAGCUUCUCCAACAAUAGCGAUGAUACAGCCGACCAAACACGUCCAGGAAUGCCACCUCGCGAGCUUUCCGAAAAGGAGAUCACACAGAUGAAUACGGAAGCCAACGCCGGUGCACACCGACGCUCGAGUAGUAACCCACAACGCAACAGCUUGGGCCGCCGCCUGUCCUCUCCAGCACACAACGGCGACCACCCUCAGGAUGGUGAGCAGCAGAGAUUGAAGUGGGACGAAGCCAAUCUCUACUUGAACGAGGGCCAAAUGGGCGGAAAGAUGAAGAUUGACGAGCCCAAAACACCUUUUGCCGGCAGAUACGAUCCUGGUGAGGACGAGGACGAGAUCGAAAGCAUCAAUGCUCAAGAGCUGGCCGUAGACGAAUUAGACAUGAAGCCCCGUGCGCGCAAGGCCUCCGGAUCCCGAGCCAAAGAGGGUGAUAUCCCAGACAUUGAUCUCGGCGAGCCAGAGAUGGAACCGAUUGCACGCCGUGAGAGUGACACGGAGCGAAGAGUCCACGUUGACCCCGAUGAGAUGGAUCACGAUGGGGGAAGCCAUGGUGAGCACAACGAGGCGGACAUGACGAGUGAAGAGCGAGAGAAGCACCACAAGUUCGAGGAGAUGCGCAAGAAGCACUACGAGAUGAAGAACAUCAAGAGUUUGCUUGGCCACCCCGAAGAGCUUGAUAGGCUCGAUGAUGAGUGAAGUGAUCAACGAGAUAAUGAAGCAUAGCGUUAUAAGCAAGGGCAGGCUUGCACGCCUGACGAUCUCCAGCAUCGCGGCGUUUGUACUGAGCAUUGGGUUGGCGCGGGUACUCAGUGGCCGCUGCAGGCCCUUCACGACUGUAUAUGAAUUCCGGCUGCUUUCGCAGAGCCAUGUAGCCUCGGUACACUGUUCGGCUGGCU